GACUUUUGACUGGAGGACCAAGAACAGUGCCCCAGCUGGCUAGCUGCAGAGAAGAUGGCUGCAGUGGGGAUGUUCAGGCCAGUGUCUGAAAACAGUGCACUGUUUGUCAUGUUUCACGACGGCUAGCGUUCGUGUCACCCCUUUUAUUUUGUCAUUUCUUCAAGGAUACGAAGGGGAUAAAACAUGGGGUCUCAAACACUUCAGAUCCUCAGACAGGGGGUCUGGGCUUCAAUCACAGGCGGAUGGUAUUACGACCCCCAUCAAAAUACAUUUGUCAAUGCUUUGCACCUCUACAUCUGGCUUUUCCUGUUAUGUUUUCCCUUUACGCUUUACAUGGCCUUGCCCCCUACAAUGGUGAUUGUAGGGAUCUACUGUGGUGUGAUUGCGGCCAUGUUUCUGCUGCUGAAGACGGUGAACUACCGCCUCCACCAUGCCCUGGAUGAGGGGGAGGUGGUGGAGCACCGGGCCAAGGAGACGCAGGGCGGCAGAGCCAGCACAGAAGGGGGCAACGACGGAAGUGCCACACGCCAAGAGGACAGCAACGGCCCAGGUGACCCUGGUGGGGGUAUUGAGAUGGCAGACUUCAUCAGACAGGAGACACCACCAGUGGACUGCAGCUCCAGAAACUCUUACACUGGGAUGGACUCCAGCCACCAGAUCACUUCUAACCAUGGAGGAACGACCACAGCCAAAGGAGGAGAGGUGGGUAAGACCUCAGAUGACAUCAGCUUGACUCUGAUUCAGAGCUGUAGCCAGGAUCAUGACUUGAUGUCAGACCCAAAGAUGUACUGCCUUGUCUCCAACGACUCGUUUGCCUCCAUGCAGCCCUCUACCUCCCUGGGCCCUCCAGAACUGUCGAGGGACCCCUCGGAUCUCUGCAGCUCCACCACACACCAUUUCAGCCAAUCCCUUUCCACUUCCUGCGACACAGAUCCGAGUGCCCGAGGGCCCAUGCCCUCCCAGUCUUUCAGGAAGGAGCCUCGUUCGCGGGGCCUGCCGCGGACCUCCAGCUCGGCCGGCUCGGCCUUCCCUGACCCCUCCCUCCCGGACUUCAGUCUGUACCCCCCGCCCCGGAGGGGGGGCCUGGACCCCGUGUGUGAGCUGGAGGCCGCCAGGCCCCCCAGGACGGGACCGGGGGAAAGGGCAAGGGAGGGGGCAGAGAGACCCUACCAGCAGGACCACGCCGUGGCCUCCACCUCAGGGACAGAGUGCUACAGACACCAGGACCCCCGGCGCCUGGCGCGCUCAGCCUCCAGGGAGGCCGGGGAGAGGGCCUCAGGGCUGUAUCAGGGGGAGGCGGGUGGAGGAGGCCGGGGGGGAGGUAGGGGCGGGGAGCGCAGCGCGGACAGCCUGCGUAGCCUGAGCACACGCAGCAGCGGCUCCACAGAGAGCUACUGCAGCGGGACGGACCGAGACACCAACAGCACGGUCAGCAGCUUCCACAGCGAGCAGACCAGCUCCACCCACGUGGAGAGCCUGCUGUCGCUGUCAGGGGACGAGCACGGGCGGGAGCGCAGGGCGGAGCGAGGGGCGGAGCGUGGGGCGGAGCGCGGGGCGGAGCCUCCCCUCUCAGCUGCGGGCAGGACGUCCAGCCUGGGCAGCAGCAGCAGCUCCAGAUGCCUGCCUGGUCUGCCCUCCAGAGAGGCCAAUAAAAACCCUCACGCCAACGAGCUGACCGCCAAGCAACCCGCCCAGGCGGCGCCCCCCGCCGCCCCGGACACCGCCGAGCCCGCAGCCGCCCAGGAGGAGCCUGGCGCCCGGACCAGCGCUGACGGCUCACCCUGUGGCUCGGGCAGGGAGCGGGAGAAGGAUGACGUGCGACCCAAAUCAGCCAAUCUGGUCCAGCGGACCUCCUCCGCGGCAGCCGGGCGCAGCAGCGGGCGGCGGCGGACGGGCAAGAAGCGAGCGAGCAGCUUCGACGCCAGCCGCCACCGGGACUACAUGUCCCUGCGUGGCAUCGCAAAGCCCCGCAGCACCGUGUUCGCCGGGGGCGGGGAGGAGGACUCGAGCGACCAGAGCGAGCUGAGCUGUGCCUCCAGCCUGCACUCCGCCCACCACCUCAGCACAGACAGCUCCUCCAGCAACACCUCGCACUCAUGCCACUCCCCUGACGGACGCUACCGCACCCUCCGAGCCAAGCACGCCGCCUCCUCGGCCAAGACUGUGGCGGGGGCCGAGGGGGGCGGGCGGGCCGGGGGGAAGCGGCGGGCCUCUCGUCGCACCCCCAGCACGGGCAGUGCCAAAACGCAUGCCAGAGUGCUGAGUCUAGAUAGCGGCACGGCGGCCUGCCUUAAUGACCCCCACCGCCUGGGGGCGCCGGCCGGGGCCCGCCCUCUCACCACCUCCAAGUCGGACCUGGAGGCUAAAGAGGGGGAGGUUCUGGACGCGGCGUCCCUGUUGGGACGGGCCUCCCAGCUGGAGUCCGUGACGCGCUCUAGAAACAGUCUGCCCAAUCAGAUAGCAUUCUCCGAGCCUCAGGACGCCACGGCUGUCUCCUCACGGGCCCCAGGGAGCGAGGAGGCGGUCACGUUCCGCCGCGAGCGCAGCACGUUCCGGCGGCAGGCGGUGCGUCGACGCCACAACGCAGGAAGUAACCCCACGCCCCCCGCCUCCCUCAUCGGAUCUCCUCUCAGUCUGGACUAUCCGUCCCCAGACUCCAUCCCGUCGGCUCUUAUCGUGUACCAACUCCCCUCUCUCAUCUCCGCCCCUCCCCCCACCCCCUUCCCGCUCUCCUCCUCCUCCUCCGCCAGUCUCCAGGAGGCCCUGGGGCAGGCCUCCCAGCCUUCUGCCUCCCAGGUGAAAGGUCAGCCCUCGCGAACGCCGUCCCAGGUGACCGUGCUGAGCGCUAGCGCCUCCCUGCUGGCCAGGAACGGAAGUGCUCACCUGGAGGGCUCCCAGGACAAGGCGUCCACUGUGGGAGCCACCAGCCUGCAGGAGGACUUUGGGAAGUUAACCCCCUCUCUGUACGAGGCGGGGGGCUGCGACAUGUCCCUGGUCAACUUCGAACCGGCCACCAGACGAGCCUCCAACAACAUAUGGGACACGGACUCCCACCUCUCCAGCUCUACCUCAGUACGCUUCAACCCCCACGACCUGAUCCGUCUGAACCGUCUCCUGACCAUGGACCCAGAGCUGCUGGAGCAGCAGGACACAGACCUGAGCCCCGAGCUGCAGGACGCCCCGCUGGGCCCCGCCGACCCUGCCGCCGCCGCCCGCAAGGCAAAGCAGUACUACCGCUUCUGGCUGCUGCCCUACCUCUGGGUGGGCCUGCACUUCGACAGGCUCACACUGCUGGCGCUGUUCGACAGGAACCGCGAGGUUGUUGAGAACGUGCUGGCGGUGCUGUUGGCCAUCCUGGUGGCCUUCCUGGGUUCGGUUCUGCUGGUCCACGGCUUCUUCACCGACAUCUGGGUCUUUCAGUUCUGCCUUGUCAUUGCCAGCUGCCAGUACUCUCUACUGAAGAGUGUUCAGCCAGACUCCUCCUCACCUCGACAUGGCCACAACCGCAUCAUAGCGUACAGCCGGCCCGUGUACUUCUGCCUGUGCUGCGGCCUCAUCUGGGCUCUCCACUACGGCAGCGAGAGGACCAGCUCCUCCCGCGUCACCCUGUAUGGCGUGGCGCUCACCAGCUCCCUGCUGCUGGCCUCCGCCCGCGACAUGGUCAUAGUGUUCACUCUCUGCUUUCCUGUGGUGUUCUUCAUGGGGCUGCUGCCGCAGGUCAACACCUUCCUCAUGUACCUGUUUGAGCAGCUGGACAUCCACGUGUUUGGGGGAAACGCCUCCACCAGUCUCCUGUCAGCGCUCUACAGCGUGCUGCGCAGUGGCGUAACCGUGGCGCUGCUGUACGGCCUUUGCUACGGAGCCCUGAAGGAGACAUGGGAGCCCCAGCACAUCCCGGUGUUGUUCUCGGUGUUCUGCGGCCUCCUGGUGGCCGUCUCCUAUCACCUCAGCCGCCAAAGCAGCGACCCCUCCGUCCUCAUCUCACUGGUGCAGUCCAAGAUUCUCCCCAACCUGAAAGACAAGAACCCGGAAGACCCUCUGUCUGAGGUCCAGGACCCUCUUCCAGAGAAGCUGAAGGCCUCGCUGAACGAGCGUCUCCAGUCAGACCUGAUUGUGUGUGUGGUCAUCGCUGUGCUCUACUUCGCCAUCCAUGUCAGCACAGUGUUCAUAGCUCUGCAGCCUUUCCUCAGCUACGUCCUCUACGGCCUCCUGGGGGCUGUGGGCCUCCUCACUCACUACCUGCUGCCACAGGCCCGCAAGCAGCUGCCCUGGUACUGCUUCUCACACCCCCUGCUCAAAACCAAGGAGUACUACCAGUUCGAGGUCAGGGGUGCAGCCCAUGUGAUGUGGUUUGAGAAGCUGCAGGUGUGGCUGCAGUUCCUGGAGAAGAACGUCCUGUAUCCCCUGGUCAUCCUGAACGAGCUGAGCGGCAGUGCCCAGGAGCUGGCCAGCCCUCGCAAGCUGGACACUGAGGUGGGAGCUCUGAUGAUCACCGUGGCGGGGCUGAAGCUGCUGCGGUCGUCCUACAGCAGCCCCACCUACCAGUACGUGACCGUCCUCUUCACUGUCCUCUUCUUCACCUUCGACUACCGCCACCUCUCCGAGACCCUGCUGCUGGACCUCUUCCUCAUGUCUGUCGUCUUCAGCAAGCUGUGGGAGCUGUUCUACAAGCUGCGUUUCGUCUACACCUACAUCGCUCCCUGGCAGAUCACCUGGGGCUCCGCCUUCCACGCCUUCGCCCAGCCCUUCGCCGUGCCUCACUCUGCCAUGCUGUUCGUUCAGGCCCUGGUGUCAGCGGUGUUCUCCACGCCUCUCAACCCCUUCCUGGGCAGUGCCAUCUUCAUCACCUCCUACGUCCGCCCUGUCAAGUUCUGGGAGAGAGACUACAACACCAAGAGAGUCGACCACUCCAACACUCGCCUGGCCUCCCAGCUGGAUCGCAACCCAGGCUCCGACGACAACAACCUGAACUCCAUCUUCUACGAGCACCUGACGCGCUCGCUGCAGCACAGCCUGAGCGGGGACCUGCUGCUGGGCCGCUGGGGGAACUACACCACCGGGGACUGCUUCAUCCUGGCCUCCGACUACCUCAACGCCCUGGUGCACAUCAUCGAGACGGGCAACGGCCUGGUCACCUUCCAGCUCCGAGGCCUGGAGUUCAGGGGUACGUACUGCCAGCAGAGGGAGGUGGAGGCCAUCACGGAGGGCGUGGAGGAGGACGAGGCGUGCUGUUGCUGUGAGCCCGGUCACAUGCCCCACCUGCUGUCCUUCAACGCGGCCUUCGGCCAGCGCUGGCUGGCCUGGGAGGUCCUGGUCACCAAGUACGUCCUGGAAGGCUACAGCAUCACAGACAACAGCGCCGCCUCAAUGCUGCAGGUGUUCGACCUGCGACGCAUCCUCACCACCUACUACGUCAAGGGCAUCAUAUACUACGUGCUGGCCUCACCCAGGCUGGAGGACUGGCUGGCCAACGAGAGUGUGAGGGAGGGCCUGCGGGGCUGCGGAGAGCGGAACUACGUGGAUCUGGACCCCACCUUCAACCCCAACAUCGACGAGGACUACGACCACCGGCUGGCCGGAAUCUCCAGGGACAGCUUCUGUGCGGUGUACCUCGCCUGGAUCCAGUACUGCAACUCAAGGAGAGCCAAGCCGCUGGACAGUGAGAAGGACUCAUCUCUGGUGCUGCUGUGCUUCGGUCUCUGUGUGCUGGGCAGGAGGGCCCUGGGAACCGCAGCCCACCACAUGUCCAGUAACUUGGAGUCCUUCCUGUACGGCCUGCAUGCGCUCUUCAAGGGAGACUUCCGCAUCUCCUCGGUGAGGGACGAGUGGAUCUUUGCAGAUAUGGAACUCCUGAGGAAGGUGGUGGUUCCUGGGAUACGCAUGUCCCUCAAGCUGCACCAGGAUCACUUCACGUCCCCAGACGAGUACGAGGAGCCGGCGGUGUUGUUCCAGGCCAUUACUUCCCACCAGCAGAACCUGGUCAUCGCCCACGAGGGCGACCCGGCGUGGCGCAGCGCCGUGCUGUCCAACUCGCCCUCGCUGCUGGCGCUGAGACACGUCCUGGACGAGGGCACCAACGAGUACAAGAUCAUCAUGCUUAACAGACGGUUCCUCAGCUUCAGGGUCAUCAAGGUAAAUAAGGAGUGUGUGCGGGGGCUGUGGGCGGGCCAGCAGCAGGAGCUGGUGUUUUUGAGGAACAGGAACCCGGAGCGUGGAAGCAUCCAGAACGCCAAGCAGGCGCUGCGGAACAUGAUCAACUCAUCGUGCGACCAGCCCAUUGGCUACCCCAUCUACGUGUCCCCGCUUACCACCUCCUACUGCAACUCUCACCCCCAGCUGGGACAUGUGCUGGGGGGGCCCAUCAGCGGCGGAAACAUCAGGAACUUCAUUGUCAACACCUGGCACAGGCUGCGUAAGGGCUGCGGCGCGGGCUGUAACAGCGGGGGGAACAUUGAGGACUCGGACGCAGGGGGCCUGUCAUGCGCCAGCGGGAACGGGACGGGGGUGAGUGACUCCCAGCAGAGCUCCAUGUCCCAAGGAGGGGGGUCCGGACCGGCCCCUCCCCUGGCCUACCAGCCACACUCCCUGGGCACCAGUCAGAGCUCCCAGUCGGUGCAGUCUGGCCUGGUGCGCCAGUCCCCAGCCCGCGCCUCCGUGGCCAGCCAGUCGUCCUCCUACCGCUACAGCAGCAGCCGCCACUCGUCGCUCCGCACCUCCGCCACGGGCCUGGAGCCCUGCCGGCGCUCCUCCACCAGCCAGCUGUCCCUGCGCACGCUGCCCACCUCCCUGCAGCUGCGCCUGGGCCCCGGCCCCGACCCUGCCGGGCCCUCCGCCUCUCUCUCCAGCCACAGCAUCCCGCCCUGCAAGCGCCACACCCUGGUGGGUCUGCUGGGGAGCGACGGGCUGGGCACCGCCGUGGGAGACCCCCUCAGCCAGCACCCCCACCAGCACAACCCCACCCUCUCCUCUGUGCGCAGGGAGGAUAUCUCCUAUAGGGUGCAGAUCAUGGACGUGAACCAGGUUCUGGAGAACAUCAACCUGUCGAAGCGUAAGGAGCUGCAGUGGCCUGACGAGACUGUGAGGCUGAGGGCAGGGAGGACCUGCUGGAGGGACUGGAGCCCCCUGGAGGGCAUGGAGGGACAUGUUAUUCACCGGUGGGUGCCUUGCAGCCGGGAGCCAGCCGGCCGCUCCCAUAUCGACAAGACCAUCCUGCUGGUCCAGGUGGAAGACAAGCUGGUGCCCAUCAUUGAGACUGGGGUCAUAGAGCUGGGAGCAGAGGUGUGACUCACCACAUCCUCCAGAUUGGAAACUUAUCCAGGGCUGCUGGCUGGGAGCAGGACAGCGCCACCUGCAGGCCAGCAGGAAACGGGAGGAGUCCCCCCCUCCUCGUUUCCUGUUUUCAGAGGGGGACAGGAAGCCAGGGAAAAGUGCAAGUAGAGGCAGUCACUCAUGAAAAGACACACUCGUUCUACAUCUGUCUGCCUUGCUCUCCGUGUCUCGCACAAUGCUGCAUGACAGCUUAUCCUUUUAGGUUGAGCAUUGCUACUGGUCAAUAUUCUUUUCUAUGCAUUUCUUUUUAUCAUGUUGACAGAUGAACACAGGCAUGUGUACACACAGACUUGCAAAAUGUUUAAUCAAACUCAUAACAGGUUUGAUGCCUGAUCAUGACAGAUCUGAGUGUAAACUGCAAAGAUUUUUCUGAGUUUUGUUGUUGUUUUGUCUUGAAUUAACUUGCCAAAAAAACCUGGCAUUGAGUAAUGACCACGGUUCCACAUUAUGCGAAAGCAUUUUCUUUGCUGCCAAGACUUCAGAGGAUCUGAUAGUGUUGUUCAGGACGUGCUGCUGCUCAACACGUUCACUCUCAUUGUCAUUCCUGUUUGUUUAGUUUGGAAAUUGCAAGAGUAUUUUGCUAAAGAGAAAAAAACUUGCACUAUGAUUUUUGUAUUUUAUUUUACAGUGACGCACUACAAUCUUGAGGUAAUAUCACAUUUUAUUUAUUACAAACUCUGAAUGGCCAUGGUUACCAAUGCCUUUGGAAUGAAUAAAUGCAGUCAAUCAUUCUGUUAUUCAGCCAUUUUUGUUUGAUUAUUUUAUGUUUGAUAAACUUGAAAAAAAAAUUUACCACAUAUGAUUAUAUAUAUAUAUGAUUAUAUAUUAUGUCAAUGUACAAAAGAUUUUGUUUUGAAUAUUUAUUACUGUGAACAUGGUAUUUACAUUUUGUUACAUCUUUUUUCAUUUAUGGGACAAACGUUUAAUGUAUCAAGGACCAUCGGUUGAAAACAGGACACCGAACUUUUGACUUUCCCUAUUUAACUUAAUUCUUUUCUAUAUGGAGAAAUAAAGACAGCAUUU